AUGAGAUCUCUUCGAAGUCGCCCUUUCUCUGCGGGGAGAGAAGCAUUGACCUUAUUUAUCAAUUCCUCUUCCCGAAAAGUAACAGCAUGUACUCAGUGUCGGUAUAGCUCCUCCUCAGCACCAAAAACCAUCAACCUCAGCGGCAGAUCCUACCAAACAGAUGACUGGUACAAUGUCCCUCCCACCAUCGCUGCCUCAAUUGCACGCCAAUUGCACGUCCAAAAAGAUCACCCCAUCUCCAUAACCCGCUCCAUCAUCGAAUCCCGCUUCCCAGCCCCAACCUACAAAUACCACAAUACCUUCUUCCCUAUUGUCUCAACCCUUCAAAACUUCGACUCCCUAGGCUUCCCCGCCGACCAUCCAGGACGCAGCAAAACAGAUACUUAUUAUGUCAACGAAGACACCGUCCUAAGAACCCAUACCAGUGCCCACCAAGCCGAUACCUUUGCCUUGAACCAAAGCCCCGGCUUCCUCAUCAGCGCAGAUGUCUACCGUCGUGAUGCCAUCGACCGAACCCACUACCCUGUAUUCCACCAGAUGGAAGGAGCGCGCAUGUGGGACCGCAAGAAGGCGCCAGGAGGGAAUAUAGUGCAGGCCGUGUGGGAGGAUAUAGCUGCCUUGCCUACGCAUGAUAUGAUUGUGGAGGAUCCAAAUCCGCCGACACAUGCGGAAAGGAAUCCGUUGCAGGAUGGAAAGCAUACACAUGAUGAGGCAGAAGCCAUUGCUGCUCACUUGAAGAGGAGUCUGGAGCUAGUGGUUGUGGAGAUCUUUUCGCAGGCGAAGAAGGCUGCUAUUGCUGCAAAUCCGAAUUUUGCGGAUGAGCCGUUGAAGGUGCGGUGGGUUGAGGCGUACUUCCCAUUUACGAGUCCGUCCUGGGAGUUGGAAAUUUUCUGGCAGGGGGAUUGGCUUGAGGUUCUGGGGUGUGGGGUGGUCAAACAGGAUAUAAUGGAGAAAGCAGGCGUGCCUUCACAGGUCGGGUGGGCCUUUGGCGUGGGGUUGGAGAGGAUUGCCAUGCUUCUUUUUGAGAUUCCUGACAUACGAUUAUUUUGGUCCCAGGAUGAGCGUUUCUUAGGCCAAUUCAAGGGGGUGUCUGAGAACAUGGACAAGCUGAAGCGGUUUGUACCAUUCUCGAAAUUCCCAGCUUGUUACAAGGAUGUUGCGUUUUGGCUUCGAUCUUCCUCAUCUUCUGCUGGUGGUGGGAUACGAGCAAAUACGCAGGAUUUCCAUGAAAACGAUAUCAUGGAAAUUGUGAGGGAUAUUGGAGGCGAUGCAGUGGAAGAUGUCACGCAGGUGGAUGAAUUUACGCAUCCCAAGACGGGAAGGAAGAGCUUGUGCUAUAGGAUCAACUAUCGGAGUCUGGAGAGGACACUGACGAACGAGGAGGCUAAUGAGUAUCACGAGCGAGUAAGGAGAGAGUUGGUAAAUAAAUUGGGUGUUGAGCUCAGAUGA